AAGAAAGGAGGAUAAGACCAGCUUCCAACGACGUCCCAACUGAAUGUCCACGGAAAGACCCGUCAGAACAAAUAGCCCAACAUCAACCCAACAAGCAGCCCAGCAUAACAACCCACGGAUCGAGGGAACAGGAGGUCCUGUUACUGCUACGUCAGCCUUACGAAUACACCAGGUACAUGACAUCUCAUAGUCUCCUCUAUACAAGGAGAACUACACAAAUAUUCGGAAAGCUACGUCACCACAACUAGUGACGGAUGAUGAGCUGCAGCAGCCUGGCAGGGUCAGAGGAGUUCUCAGAAGAGGAGCUAGAGCUCAGCUUGCUGGGUCAGGGUGAGGAUGAUGAGGGAAGUGAUGGAAGCACCAAAGGCCCAUUCCAGGACAGCGAAGGCUCAGCCAGUAGCCCUCCCAGUGAUGACCCUGGCCAGGGCCUGGCCAAGAAGCACAGCCGGCCUGUCCGCUCUAAGGCUCGCCGCGUGGCCGCCAACGUCCGUGAGCGCAAACGGAUCCUGGACUACAAUCAGGCCUUUAACGCCCUGCGGGUGGCGCUGAACCACAACCUAAGCGGCAAGCGGCUCUCCAAAAUUUCCACCUUGCAGAGAGCCAUCAACCGCAUCUCGGCCCUGUCCGUCUUCCUCAGCUCUAACCCUUCCAAUAAGCCCUGUUCCCACCGGGAGUGCCAUAGGUCACCUGGGGGGCCAUUGGCUUUGGGAAUGGUGCGGACAUCACGGCUGGACCAACCCAGGGUCACAGUCCCUCCUCGCCUGGAGCCCCAGUGCUACGUCUCCUGGCACCACACAUCAUUCCCCCACCAAAUUCAGCCUCAGCAAGGUACCCACCCUCACCGGCUGCCCACAGAGGCACACCUUUACAUAGAUAGCACGGGUUCAUCUUGUCCAUCGUCGCCCCACUAUCCUCGCUACCCCACUGAGGGUCAGUUGUACCCCUCACAAGGAAAAGUUGGGAUAGGAAACCACUUGGAACACCAGGCAGGGCUGUGGGCCUCCUGCACCCAGGGCUACAUGGACUCGUUUGUGGAGCCGUCUCCAACCCUGAGCCUCCCCUGGCAGGUCGGCUACCUUCAGGAGACAGCAGGCCCUGAGCCCAACCUGCCUCUGGUCUAACUCUAGGACCAGUUAUUGUCUACUGUGAACCCUGAG